CCUUCUUCCUUUUGCCUCACGUGGACGCAAGCGCGACAAGCAACAACACAAGAGCAGCACGCUGCACAUUGCCACCAGCCGUCGCUGUCUCCUCCUGUCUGCUUGUAGUUUGUUGUUGCUGUUGCUGUUGUUGUUGUUGUACAGCCAGGAACCCCUUCUCCCAUCCCGUCGCGUCGCGUCGCGCCCUGUCCCUGCAACAACACACCCACGCGUGAAGCGGAAGCAGGUCGUCUUCUCCUCCCCCCCCCUACCCGCAGAACACAAACCGCCAACAUGGGUGAUGAUACCGCACAUGACCUUUCACACGCCACCGGCGCCGCGUCCCCGACUGGCUUUGGCCAGCCCACCAGCUUUGGCGGCUACCAGCCCUUCGACCCACAAGCCAUGAUGACACAAGCGUACCAGUCCCCCUACCUCGCACUUGGCAAUGAGGCACAGACGCUGAACCAGCCCGACUUUCUGUUCCCGAGCAGCGCGGAGAAGUCACGGUCACUGCUCGAGCGCAUGUCGUACAGCACCGGUGUCUCGUACCUGGCAGGUACCAUUGGUGGUGGCUUGUAUGGUGUUGUUGAAGGUUUGAGGCACCCUGCUGCUACCAGCAACCGGUUAAGGGUGACCACCGUUCUCAAUGCCGUCGGCAAGCGCGGUCCUUUCCUCGGAAACACCCUCGCCGUCCUCUCUGUCAUGUUCCACUCCAUCAACGGUGGUAUCAUCAAGGCGAGAGGCGAAAAGGACGACAUUGUUAACGACGUCGCUGCUGCAGUCGCAACAGGCACCCUCUUCCGCAUCACCUCUGGUCCACGCGCGGCGGCGUUUGGUGGCUUGACGGGCGCCGGCCUUGCAGCCGCUGUGUAUGUGGUCAAGACGUUCCUCAACAGAGAAGAGUCGACAGAGGUCGGCAAACACGAGGAGAAGGAAUACAGCGACUAGCUCCCCGGCUUGCUCGUUAGCUGGCUGUAGCAUUUUCAGCGCGUCGGCGAUUAUGUAGUGGUGCGACUGGUUGGUUCAGUUUUUGCGUCUGUGUAAGUUGGUGUUCGUUGUUGCUGCUGCUGCUGCUGUUGUUCUUCGUGCCUUUUAACCCCCCCCCCCCUCCAUUUCUUUCUCGUUUCUCUCUCUCUCUCCUUCUCAACGUGAUGCUUGGGCUUGUCUGUUUCGUUGCCCGCUUCUCAACCAAUCAACGCCUCGUCUCUCCAGUCCCCCCCCCACCUUUCCUGUUCCUCUAUGACCGAGAUAGCUCAGGUUGUUUGUGUGUGUGUGUGUCUGAGUGUGUGUGUGUUGUGCUUUGCUGACAUACGUGAACAACUUUGUGUUGCUUCCUGUUGUGGUUGUCGUUGUUGUUUGACAUGACGUGAAAUACACAUGACACAUAAACAACGGUGUG